AAAUUUCAAUUGCGAAUUGAUAUGCUGAUGAAGGCCCAUCUCCUUAGACCCAACGGCACAGUUUCAGCACCGCCGUAGAUCGAAACUCCAAGCUAACAUUUGCAAAUCAGCCUACUGACUCAGCGCUUGACGUAUUGCUCAGUUCUCCUAAGUUGAUUGUCUCCCCAUUACAGAUUCCGAACGUUUAUGCGUGUUCAUAUGUAAGGUUCAGUAAUAUUCCUCCAUCAAUAUUUAAAGUAGAGACAGAGGGAUUUAUCCGAGCGGUUGUUUCACCAAUCCGCGUACUGUUUUGCAAGAUAUCGGUGAGUCUUUCCAGUUGUUGGCCAAACAUAACCGGUCGUUGGUCCACUAUGACUCAGAAAGAUGAAGAAAGCCAACAUUUCAGCUGUAUAUGGCGUCAGAUGGAGGAAGAAGAUGAACAGUCGGGCUGUCUCGAAGAUGAAGGGUCAGGCCGGUUCACUGCAUGGAGCGGUUCAAUGCAAACCAUUUUUUUUUUUGUUUAAUUCCUGCAGCCAGUUCCUAAAACUUUAGCAGGGCUACAUGGAGGUAUUUUCUUGAGGAGGAAAAGGGCACUAGAAUUCUAAAUGACUCGAGCACGGAAUGCUAUUGUAGCCACUGGCUUAGUAGCUUUUGCAGCUGUCGGCUUAGCAUUUCCCUUCUACAUGGCGUCUUCAAAGAAGCCUGUAAUUGACCCAUCAAAGCCACUGCCACCUCAAGCAACUUUCCGGGGGCCUUACAUAAACACCGGUUCACGGGACGUUGGACCUGAUCCUCAGACUUACACAAAGAAAUAAUUCUGUUUGUGAACAUCAUGGACGCAAGUGAAAAUCAUUUUCUUGGACUGUUGCAUAUGCUGUGGAGGCUGGAGCAAGAAAUCAACGGGGAACUGGGACGGUUAUAGCUUGAGAAUAUUAUACUCUCUUGAUCUAGAAUGAAAUUGAGAAAGGCACGAGAAUCUGCUGUAUAGGAACUUGAAAAGUGAAACCUCCCAGUGUUGUCUAAUUUGUAGCAUAAACUGUCGUCGUUCAUUGAUUUCCAUAUCCUAACUAUUUAUUUAUUUUAUUGUCAAAACACAACUAAUGCAGUAUUUUAGCUUAUUUAUUUUUUAUA